UUAACCAAUUCGUAAAAAGUGAGCAGAGUAUUGUGUGUUUGGGUGUUUGUUCCAGUGCUGGGAUCAACCGGCAUUGUAUGCAAUCCUAUUUUUACCUAACCUCGAAUGCGACCGACAAAUUGACCCAAUCUGUAAGACAGUCUACCCUAAUCCCUCGAGUUUGAUUUUCCAGCCAGCCCACUGAAAUUCGUUGAUUUCUUGCUGAUCAACGUAGUGGACGAAUUGCUCAACUCUUGGGACUCAUAUUCAGCUAAUGCACGGGAUCUGGUAAUAUGACCUACGAUCGGGUGAUGUGGACAUCUGUGUCUGGAUUAACAUUUGUUGGUCUAUUGCUGAUCAUAGAUGUUUGCAUGGCAUCGGCGGAGUGGCAAGGAGAUCUGUCAGCCUAUGAGCUAGCCAGCUUCCAUAAUCCUGAUCAAGAAGAUGUACCUCGAGCCCAAACGUUCAACCAUUUUACCUUGAGUGAUCAUGGUGAUGUCUAUGUUGGAGCUGUCAAUUGGUUGUACAGGUUCAAUAGUAGGUUGGAGCAGAUACAGAAUGCUUCAACGUGUGAUGACAGUAUGCCUUACAAUGGGAUGCCGUGUCGUCGUACAAAUAACUACAACAAGAUACUGGUAGUUGACAGUACUCGGCCGAACAGUCUGAUAACCUGUGGUGGCGUGUUUGAUGGUAUAUGUCAGUUACGACAUCUACGGGAUAUAAGUAUUGUAGAGAGUGAAUCAACCCCGAAUGUCGCAGGGUUCGAGGAUGCAACUACUGUUAGUCUGAUUGGCCCCAAAAGAGAUUCGAACAAAAUGCUUUAUGUUGCUGUCACGUAUACUGGUGAAAAUGUUAUCAGUAAAGCACAAUUUCCAGCAAUCACAAGAAGGAAUCUUACAAGCAAUCCCAUUUUAAGUGUUUUAUUACAUAAUGCAGUUUUUCUCAGUGGCGCUGCCUCAGGGGUUGACUUUACCAUUAAGUACGUUACAACUUUUGACUUCACUGGAUUCACGUAUUUCAUUGCCUCCCACAAAGAGGAUCUGAUGUCUGCUCAUUAUGUUUCCAAGAUCAGCAGAGUCUGUCAGACAGGCCCAAAUCUAGAUGCAUACACCGAAAUCACCAUGCAGUGCAGUGGAUCAGAUGGUAGUGUGUACAGCUUGGUGCAAGCAGCUCACUUUGGACCAGCAGGACCUGAUCUAGCCGCAUCAUGGGGUCUCCAUGCAGACAAGCAGGUGUUGUAUGCUGUGUUUGCCAAGAACCAAGGAGCUCAGGGCACCAGUCAUAUACCUACCGACCAUUCAGCAGUGUGUGUGUACAGGAUGACUGACAUCUUGGCUGGCUUCACAGAGGCAGUGCGGGGUUGUAUUCAGGAUGGAGAGGACUACAAAAUAAGCUAUUUGCAUGGUUCUACAUGUAGUAAAUUUAGGAAUGUUCAACCCGACAACUUUUUGUGUAAUCCUGUUGCUGAUGACACGAAUUCGCUGUACAAGUAUGCCAAAGGGAUCACUCCAGUCUCGUCUACAGCCUUGCUGGAAGAGCCAGGUACCCUGAUGUCAUCCAUCAUUACCAGCACUGAAUUCAACCAUACUGUGGCCUUUUUGGGAACGUCAAGGGGAGCUCUUCUGAAAGUUCACAUCGAAAAUAAUACUGCAGCAAGGUUGUAUGAAAGAGUGAUUUUAGAUUCCCGUCCGGUACUGACGGACAUGACAAUAAACGACACAACCACAGAAAUGCAUGUACUCACUGAACAAACGUUGAUCAAAAUGCGAGCUGAGAACUGUGGUCAG